AUGAAUUCUGGAAAUUAUGGGGUAGAUGACGAUGAUUUAGAGAACAAUACCAACGAGAAUGAAGAAGAUGACGAGGAAGGAGAUGGCGAAGAUGACGAACCAGAUGGAGACGGCGAGGACGAAGAUGGCGAAGAAGGCGAAGAUGCAGAUGAAGAUGAAGAUGAAGAUAAUGAAGACAACGAGGAAAAUGAAGAUGAAGAAAACGACAAUGACAAUGAGGACGAAGAAGACGAUGAUGAAGAAGAAGAUGAAGAUGAAGAAAUGAAUGCCGAGGAAGACGAUGAAGAAGACGAGGAUGCAAAGUUUAUGGAUGCACGUGAGACCAAUGAUGACGUUCUAAUGGCUCAAGAUGAUGCAGAGAAAGAGGCUGAUAUAACAAGAAAAGAAGCAGGUGACAAAGCCGAUGGUGACGACUCCAAAACUGAGAAUGAAGAAACUCAAAAAGAGAAAAGUGAAGAAUCUGAAAGUAAUGAAAAUGAAGAAAUAGAUAAUCAGACAUUUAGAGAAAGAGUCAUUUCCAAGGCUAAAAUUGCUACCCAGUUCGAUAUCACACCAUCGGUGGCCAUACCUUAUACUUCACAGUGUCAUUCUAUGGCAUUUACUGAGGGGCCCAAGUGGAUAUUGACUGGUGGAGAAGACGGGUUUAUCAGAAAAUACGAUUUCAUAGCGUCGAUUCAGGGGAAGUCACCCUUAACUAUGGCACAAAAACACAAUCUCGUCGAUUCACUCACUAAGGCUGGAGUUAUAUGUUCUUAUUGGGAGAACGAGCAGCCAUGGACUCGGAAAGAACUCAUGAAAUCCAACCCCAAGUUGAAAGUCAGCGAUUUCAGUACUGGCUCUGUGAGUUACGAACCCAAACCAAACCCCGUAUAUUCUUUAGAUGUAGAAAGAAACGGUUACUGGUGCUUGUCUGGGUUGUUGUCUGGAGGAAUAUCGUUAUAUACCAUGCGUUACAGUGAAGGAAACAUACACCACUACUUUAAACAUGGAACAAGAAAAGAUAAUAGUAAGGGACAUAGCGAUGCUGUGUCUGUUCUUCGUCUCAAUACUGAUCAAGACAAGUUCUUGUCUGGUUCUUGGGAUAAAACUAUACGAGAAUGGGAUCUCAACAGUGGCAAAUGUACAGCCAAAUUUACUGGAAGCUCUGGACAGAUUUCCAAUGUUCAAUAUCGACCAUUAGGCUUAACAGAUUUAUCCCUAGACAUUGUGGAAGAGGAAACAAAUGACAAUAAUAACGAAAAUGGUAAUAAAGUAAAAGCCGAAGAAGAAGAUGACGUCGAUUCUUUGUUUGGUGAUAGUGACGAAGAGCCUGGUAAGGAAGGUGAACGUAAACAGGAAGAAAGUAAAGAUUCCCUGAAUUCCAAACCAACCUUCAACACAACCAAAUCUACCAAUAAGACAUAUAAAAACGACGAUAUCUUUAUGAGUUCCAGUAUUGAUGGAACCGUCAACAUCUGGGAUGCCAGAGUAUCUGCUCCAGUGUUGCGCUUAGGUGUUUCUGAAGGUGUUCCUCCGUAUUGCAUGUCUUCCACAUGGUCCAACUGUGGAGAAUACAUUUAUGCUGGAAGAAGAAAUAGCUCAGUAGAAGAAUUUUCGAUCCGAAUGCCUCACAAAAGAGCCAAAACUGGCCACAAUAAAGAUACCAUGAUUCCUAAUGUCCUGAAGCUCUUACAGUUCCCCAAGAUAUCUGGACCUGUCAGUGCCAUUUCCACCAUGCCCAAUAGCAACUUCCUUUUGUGUGGAUCUUAUGACAACAUCAGAUUGUACGACUUGACGUUGUAUGAUGAACUCUCAAACGCUUCUAUAAACAAGAACAAGCAGGCCACGCCGUUCUUGAUUGUACCAGGCCAUCACGGAGGAAUCCUUAGUUGUCUCCACGUAGACGACACUGGCAGGUUUAUGAUCAGUGCCAGUGGAAAUAGGGGAUGGGGCCAUUCGUCGUAUACUGACACAGUGUUGAUCUACGAGAUAGACUUCGAAGGUAUAUGA